AUGACUCAAUUCACUGACAUUGAUAAGCUAGCCGUCUCCACCAUAAGAAUUUUGGCCGUGGACACCGUCUCCAAGGCCAACUCAGGUCAUCCAGGUGCCCCAUUAGGUAUGGCUCCAGCUGCGCACGUUUUAUGGAGCCAAAUGCGCAUGAACCCAACCAACCCAGACUGGAUCAACAGAGACAGAUUUGUCUUGUCUAACGGUCACGCAGUUGCUUUGUUGUAUUCCAUGCUACAUUUGACUGGUUACGAUCUGUCCAUUGAAGACUUGAAACAAUUCAGACAACUGGGUUCCAGAACACCAGGUCAUCCUGAAUUUGAGUUGCCAGGUGUCGAAGUCACCACUGGUCCAUUGGGUCAAGGUAUCUCUAACGCUGUUGGUAUGGCCAUGGCUCAAGCCAACCUAGCUGCCACUUACAACAAGCCAGACUUCACCUUGUCUGACAACUACACCUACGUUUUCUUGGGUGAUGGUUGUUUGCAAGAAGGUAUUUCUUCAGAAGCCUCUUCUUUGGCUGGUCACUUGAAAUUGGGUAACUUGAUUGCCAUCUACGACGAUAACAAAAUCACUAUCGAUGGUGCUACCAGUAUCUCCUUCGAUGAAGAUGUCGCUAAGAGGUACGAAGCCUAUGGCUGGGAAGUUUUAUACGUUGAAAACGGUAACGAAGAUCUAGCUGGUAUUGCCAAGGCCAUUGCUCAAGCUAAGCUUUCCAAAGAUAGACCAACUUUGAUUAAGAUGACCACCACCAUCGGUUACGGUUCCUUGCAUGCCGGUUCUCACUCCGUGCACGGUGCUCCUUUGAAACCAGACGAUGUUAAACAACUAAAGACAAAAUUUGGUUUCAACCCAGAAAAGUCCUUUGUUGUUCCACAAGAAGUUUACGACCACUACCAAAAGACAAUUUUAAAGCCAGGUGUCGAAGCCAACAACAAAUGGAACAAGUUGUUCAGCGAAUACCAAAAGAAGUACCCAGAAUUAGGUGCCGAAUUGGCUAGAAGAUUGAGUGGCCAACUACCCGCCAACUGGGAAUCUAAGUUGCCAACUUACACCACCAAAGAUUCUGCUGUGGCCACUAGAAAAUUGUCAGAAACUGUUCUUGAGGAUGUUUACAACCAACUGCCAGAAUUGAUUGGUGGCUCUGCUGAUUUAACACCUUCUAACUUGACCAGGUGGAAGGAAGCCCUUGAUUUCCAACCUCCUUCUUCCGGUUCAGGUAACUAUUCUGGUAGAUACAUCAGAUACGGUAUCAGAGAACACGCUAUGGGUGCCAUCAUGAACGGUAUCUCCGCGUUUGGUGCCAACUACAAACCAUACGGUGGUACUUUCUUGAACUUCGUUUCUUACGCUGCCGGUGCCGUUAGAUUAUCCGCUCUAUCUGGCCACCCAGUUAUUUGGGUUGCUACACACGACUCCAUCGGUGUCGGUGAAGAUGGUCCAACACAUCAACCUAUCGAAACUUUAGCACAUUUCAGAUCUCUACCAAACAUUCAAGUUUGGAGACCAGCUGAUGGUAACGAAGUUUCCGCCGCUUACAAAAACUCUUUAGAAUCUAAGCAUACUCCAAGUAUCAUUGCUUUGUCUAGACAAAACUUGCCACAAUUGGAGGGUAGUUCCAUUGAAAGCGCCUCCAAGGGUGGUUACGUACUACAAGAUGUUGCUAACCCAGAUAUUAUUUUGGUUGCCACUGGUUCCGAAGUUUCUUUGAGUGUUGAAGCUGCCAAGACUUUGGCCGCAAAGAACAUCAAGGCUCGUGUUGUUUCUCUACCAGAUUUCUUCACUUUUGACAAACAACCCCUAGAGUACAGACUAUCGGUCUUACCAGACAAUGUUCCAAUCAUGUCUGUUGAAGUUUUGGCUACCACAUGUUGGGGCAAAUACGCUCACCAAUCCUUCGGUAUUGACAGAUUUGGUGCCUCCGGUAAGGCACCAGAGGUCUUCAAGUUCUUCGGUUUCACCCCAGAAGGCGUUGCUGAAAGGGCUCAAAAGACCAUUGCAUUCUAUAAGGGUGACAAGCUUAUUUCUCCUUUGAAAAAAGCUUUUUAA